UGGAGCCAAACGGUGACACACGAACACUCAGGCUGCAGCAGGAGCGACGCGAUUCGCAAUGUUUGUCCAAAAGAAGCUUCCGUAUUAACAAAUAUCGGAUGAUGCUUGGACCAGCGGCACGGUACCUGAACUAGUCAGGUAUCACGCAGUCGUUUGAUCACCGCAACACGUUCUAGAAAAUUGCAAGUGGCGCAUCAUAUUUCCGUGCUACACUUUUCUGACGUGAAAAAAAAACAUUUUAAAGUUGGGAGUUUCGAUUGGCGCGGUUUAAGUGAGCGGCUAGCGCGGCAGCUAACGCUAACGUCACAAGAACGAAACUGCGCCCCCAAAAAGCUGUUUUCACCCAAAAUCCUGUGUCGAGGCUCGUUCGUGGACCAAAUAACAUCAGCAACAACACAAUGAACAUCGCCAAAAGUGGCUAUCGCGUGUUCUCGGCAAAUUCCUCCGUCGCAUGCACGGAGCUGGCGAAGAAGAUAACCGAGCGACUUGGAGUUGAAUUGGGAAAAUCUGUUGUCUUUCAAGAGUCUAAUAGUGAGACAAGAGUGGAUGUAAAAGAAUCUGUUCGUGGGCAAACUAUCUUCAUCAUUCAGACCAUACCAAGUUCCAGUGAUUUGUCACCUUGUCACUUUACUCCAAGCAGAGAUGUCAACACGGCAAUCAUGGAGCUGCUGGUUAUGGCCUAUGCGCUCAAGACCUCUUGUGCAAAGAACAUUAUUGGGGUUAUUCCGUACUUCCCUUACAGCAAACAGUGCAAGAUGAGGAAAAGGGGCUCCAUAGUAUGUAAGCUGUUAGCUUCCAUGUUGGCAAAAGCGGGCCUGACACACAUUAUCACCAUGGACUUACAUCAGAAAGAGAUCCAGGGUUUCUUUUCUUUUCCGGUGGACAAUUUGCGGGCCUCCCCAUUCUUGAUCCAGUAUAUCCAAGAGGAGAUUCCGGAUUACAGGAAUGCCAUCAUUGUGGCCAAAUCCCCAGCAGCAGCCAAGAGAGCUCAGUCCUAUGCGGAACGCUUGCGCUUGGGUCUGGCUGUGAUUCACGGCGAGGCUCAGUGUUCCGAGUCGGACAUGGCAGACGGAAGGCAUUCACCGCCAUGUGUGCGCAACACCACAGGACACACAGGAUUGGAGCUGCCUUCAGGCAAACAACAAGCUCCGUUCCCUGGCAUAGAGCUUCCAAUAAUGAUGGCCAAGGAGAAACCUCCCAUAACUGUCGUUGGGGAUGUGGGGGGAAGAAUUGCCAUCAUCGUGGACGACAUCAUAGACGAUGUCGGAGACUUUGUUGCGGCCGCUGAGAUCUUGAAAGAGAGAGGCGCGUACAAAAUUUAUAUCAUGGCCACACAUGGAUUACUCUCCGCCGAUGCUCCGCGUCUCAUCGAGGAGUCGACCAUUGAUGAGGUGGUGGUGACCAAUACAGUCCCGCAUGAAGUGCAGAAGCUCCAGUGUCCAAAAAUCAAGACGGUGGACGUCAGUAUGAUCCUGGCUGAGGCCAUCCGCCGUAUCCACAAUGGAGAGUCCAUGGCUUACUUGUUUCGCAACAUUGCUGUGGACGACUAGAGGGUAAACCAGAGAGGUGGCUCUGGCGGUGACUGAAGGGAGAUGCACUUCUUUGGGCUUUCCUGCUCCUUCAACGACACUACUGUGAUGAUUUAAAAUAAAAUAAAAGUAUAUGCGUCACAUAUCUAAGUCAAGGGUUUUUCCCUGUACUUUAACUUAAAAAAAAUCAAUUAAAUGCAAUAGUUUAAAAAACGGUUUACGGCAUUUAACUAUUUUAUUUAUAAUCAUGCUGAAAUUAAGAUGAAGUACACAGUGCAUUUUGAAGUCCCGACUUUCUGGAAUUAUUAUUUCCAUAACCCAAGAUGAUUUAUCGUUGCCUGAAAAACAAACGAACAAAACUAGUAAGGUACUAAAUAUUCAAUGACUAAGAAGUAGCAAAACACGUCUCCUUGCUUUUAAUGAGUCUGCAGCUCUCUUGUUGCCCUUUCUGGUCCGAGCUGCGUUGCACUUUGAUCAGCUUGCAUUUACGACGGGGUAUGUGGUUUUCAGCCACUCCCACCUCGUUGCGACCAAUUUUUUUUCUUUUUUUUGCACCAUAGUAUACUUUUGUCACAUGGGUUAUGUUGCGUAACUAGAAGGAACUGCGCUGUUUACACUGCAAACAUCAUUGAACUGUUGCAGGGAAAAAUCACUCUUACCCCAUUAGAUGAAUUUGUUGGUAUUGAUAUAGCUUUUGAGUCGCUGAUAGUGCUGUGGUACACUUGUCUGACUUGUGUGCGGGCAGCGCGGGAUAGGUUCCCACUUGGUGGCGGUUUGAAUAGUUAUUCAUAUCUAACAAAUUCAAUUCAUGUGCUUUAAAACAACUGUGAUAACAUAAUUCACAUUACUAUUACUAAACUAUUAUUGUUAGCAGCGACACGGUGUUGAACAGUCUUCAUUUACGUUGUUGGUCUGUGGUACUACCGCGUCAUGUCUGCUGCUCUGUUCAGUUAGCCAUUUAGCUUAGCUUUACUUUCCAAACAGUUUUUUCACCAGUGUGUGCUGUUUGCGGUCAUGUAAUCCCUUUUUUUUAGUCAGCGUUUUAAGUGUUGGUCCUUAGCUCAAUAAUGAAGUUGAAACACUUUUAACUCCAUGACCUUGUCAAAACUUACUUUUAAUAAAUCCCACUCUCCCCCAAAUUUCCACUCUCAAACAUGCUAGCUAGCAAUAUGCUAUGACUGUUGGCAGACACCCUGUCUGUGUAUAGUCUUAAACAAGCAAAAAAAAAACCUAAACAUUUAUUUAAGCUAGCAUAUUAAGAGGCAAAAACUAAACUUGUACAUUUCCAUCGGCAUUUUGUGAGCCUUGGACCAAAAUUCACGUGAUUUUUAGACUCCACCAAAAUGAAAACUGACAACCACUGGGUGCCUGGAUUAGAUGAUGACAAGAUUUAUGGUAUUUAGAAAAAAAAAAGAGGUAGAAUGGCAACAACAUGCAAAUAUGUAAUUACAGUCUUAGUGGACGCGUAAAUGUUUCCCAUUGACCUAUGUAUGUUUUGAACACGUGCACCUUUUGAUCAUUAGAAAUGAUGUCUGUAUCUUAACAUAGCUCUCUGCUCAGGGACAUAUACUUUAUGAGCCAAUGCAAACUACUCUGUCAUUGUUGUUGAUGUCGGGGUGCUUGCUUUCUGCCAUUUGUUGUGUAGCUUUCAAUGCAUUUUUUUUCUCAUCAACAAUACUGUAAAGGCAUAUGCUGAUUCGCAAGCAGGAAGUUGCUGUAAUUUAAUGGUCUUCCCGUUUUUCGCUCUCCGCUUCCCACAUGAAUGUUUGUCAUUGUCUGUUAAAUAAAAGAAACGAUUUGC